UUUGAGAAUUUCGAUUGACAAAGAUGUCAUUUCGUGCAAUUCCUCGUUUGAACAUAAAGAAGACAUUGCUGUUUGUGUGCGACAUGCAGGAAAAGUUUGCCAAAACGAAUAAGUUUUUCCCGGAGAUUGCUCAAACGGCAAAGCGAGUGAUCGACACCGCAAAAAUACUGGAAAUGCCCAUCAUUGUUACUGAACAGUAUCCACAACGUCUCGGUUCGACAGUGAAGGAACUCGGACUAGAGGACAGCAUUCCUCGAUAUGCAAAAACACAAUUUUCAAUGUGCGUACCGGAAGUGGAGCCACUUCUGAAGGACAAGGAAAGUGCUAUCCUCGUUGGUCUUGAAGCACAUGUUUGCAUUUUGCAUACGACUUAUGGUCUGCUCGAAAAAGGACUGAAUGUCCAUGUUGUAGCAGAUGCAGUGACUGCAAGAACUUUGGUUGAUAGAAAAUUUGCGUUCAAACAGCUGGAGAGAGCUGGAGCCAUUCUGACAACAUCUGAAUGUGUCAUUUUGAGCUUGUUAAAGGAUGCUAAACAUCCUAAAUUCAAAGAAGUACAAAAGUUGAUCAUGACGGAAGCACCGGACUCAGGGCUGCUGGACAUGUGAAAAGCUUAGGUCUUCAUCCCCUUAUGGCCCAAAGGUCCUUCACACAGCUCAAGCACCAAUAGAUAGUAGUUUCCAUUCAAUAAGGACUGGUUGUUUGAUCUUCUCAGCUAAUCUUCUACCUGGUUUGCUUUUCUUGCUUAUAAUUUACUGACAUGCUCAGCACACUCCAUAAAAGAUUAUUUGGCAUCUUUGACAGUGUGAUUAAGCAUGCUGAAUACUUUGUUAUUUCGUUCUGGAAUUGUUUUCAAUAUUUAUACAUGGUCGUGGAAGAUGUUUUUUUUCAGUUUUGUUAUUCUAGUCUGCAAUAAAGUGAUC